CUCCAGCCAGUCGAGCAACUUUCUGGCCUGGAAGCUGUGCGACAGCGCCAGAUCUUUUGCAAAAUGCCCGUCGUCAAUGUGGACGAUCUUGUGCGUCUGCAACGGAAGCCCGACGACGUACGGAAUAUCUGCAUUCUCGCGCACGUCGAUCACGGUAAAACAUCACUGACAGACAGCUUGAUCGCCACCAAUGGCAUCAUCUCGCCCAAGCUGGCGGGCAAGAUCCGCUACCUGGACUCACGUCCAGACGAGCAGCUCCGCGGAAUCACGAUGGAAUCGUCGGCGAUUUCGCUCUUCUUCUCCAUGAUGCGGCGAUCGGCUCCGGACGCGGCACCCGAGGCCAAAGAGUACCUGAUCAAUCUGAUCGACUCGCCGGGGCAUAUCGAUUUCAGCAGCGAGGUGUCGACGGCGUCGCGUCUGUGCGAUGGCGCGCUGGUGCUGGUCGAUGCCGUGGAGGGCGUCUGCAGUCAGACGGUCACCGUGCUGCGGCAAUCGUGGGUCGAGCAGCUCAAGCCCAUCCUGGUCAUCAACAAGAUCGACCGACUGGUCACCGAGCUGAAGAUGAGCCCGAGUGAGGCCUACCAGCACAUGAGCAAGCUGCUGGAGCAGGUCAACGCCGUCAUCGGCAGUUUCUACCAGGGCGAGCGCAUGGAGGAGGACCUGCAGUGGCGGGAGCGCAUGGAGGAGCGGGUCAACAACGCAUCGUCGAAGCAUGACCAGGAUGACGAGCCGACGGCGGAGUACGAGGAGCGAGACGACGAGGACCUCUACUUUGCGCCGGAGAAGAACAACGUCAUCUUCUGCAGUGCUGUCGAUGGCUGGGCCUUUACGAUCCGCCAGUUUGCGGCCAUCUACGAGAAGAAGCUGGGGAUCAAGCGCGCCGUCCUCGAGAAGGUUCUCUGGGGCGAUUACUACCUCGAUCCUAAGACCAAGCGAGUGCUGGGCCAGAAGCAUCUGAAGGGUCGCGCGUUGAAGCCCAUGUUCGUCCAGCUCGUGUUGGACAGUAUCUGGGCGGCGUACGAAGCCACAACCGGUGCGGGCACAGGAAAGGGGGACCCGGCUCUGCUGGAGAAGAUCACCAAAUCUCUGAAUGUCAACAUUCCGGCGUAUAUCCUGCGCUCGCGCGACCCCAAGAAUGUCAUGACGACGCUGUUCUCGAUGUGGCUGCCUCUAUCGACCGCCGUUUUGGUGUCGGUCAUCGAAUAUCUCCCCAGCCCGCGCGCCGCCCAAGCAGAGCGGUUGCCGCCCAUGAUCGAAGACUCCCCCGGAUCUAGCUUCGUGGACCAGAAAAUCAAGGACGCCAUGAUCAGUUUCAAGACGCAGCCGGACGAGCCUGUCGUUGCGUACGUCAGUAAGAUGGUGGCUAUCCCCGAAAGCGAGCUGAUGUCCAGCAAGAAGCGAUCUGGAGCCACCAUGUCGGCGGACGAGGCCCGGGAAAUUGCUCGCAAGAAGAGAGAGGAAAUCGCCAAAUUGCAGGCAGAGGCCGGCAAUGACCAGACGGACGACUUCGUUCACAUGACUUCAGCCCUCCAGCAUACGACCAUCACGGACGACGAGCCAGCUCAAGAGGAGGAAGAGAAGGAGGACCCCGAACAUCUGAUUGGGUUUGCGCGUCUCUACUCAGGCACGCUCUCAGUUGGAGACUCCGUGUAUGUUUUGGCGCCCAAGUUCUCGCCGGAGAACCCACACGCCAGCCCCGAGCCUCAGAAGGUGGUCGUCACCGAUCUGUACCUGCUGAUGGGCCGGAGUCUCGAACCUCUUCAGUCUGUCCCCGCCGGUGCUGUGUUCGGCAUUGGCGGUCUCGCAGGCCACGUCCUCAAGUCAGGAACGCUGUGCUCGCAGCUCGAGGGUAGCAUCAACCUGGCUGGUGUCUCGCUUGCCAGUCCCCCCAUUGUGCGAGUUUCCCUCGAGCCGACGAACCCAGCAGACCUGAGCAAGAUGGUGACGGGUCUGCGCCUGCUGGAGCAAAGCGACCCAUGCGCGCAAUACGAAGUCCUCCCCAGCGGCGAGCAUGUCAUCCUGACGGCGGGCGAGCUGCAUCUCGAACGGUGCAUCAAGGAUCUCCGCGAGCGGUUCGCCAAAUGCGACAUCCAAACCGGCGAGACCAUCGUGCCAUACCGGGAAACCAUCACCAGCGCGCCGGAGAUGGCAGCUCCCAAGAACCCCGAGCUCGGACGAGGCGGAGUCCUGGCCGUCUCGCCGUCCAAGCAACUGACCAUGCGCCUGCGCGUCGUCCCUCUCCCCUCCGCCGUGACCGACUUCAUCUCCAAGCACGUCGGAACCCUCAAGCGACUCCAGACCGAGAAGCGCACAGCCGCUGAAAGCCAACCCACCAACACCACUACGGCCGAGACCGCGCAAGCCGAAGCCGCCGACGCCACGGACGAGGCGCGCGAAACCACGUCCCUCUCGCUGCAGGAGUUCCGGAAAGAGCUGAGCAGGAUCGUCGACGAAGAAGUCACCGACAACGACAAAGGGCUAUGGAAGAACAUCGUCGACCGAAUCACGGCAUUCGGACCGCGACGCGUUGGCCCUAACAUCCUCGUCGACGCCACCGAAGUCAACACCUGCGAGAAAUUCCUCCUCGACGACCCGAAACAACAACCCAGCGUCAACGCCGACACCAGCAGCCGCGAAGCGCUCAUCGUGCGCGACUUCUGCGACAAAAUCGCAUAUGCCUUCCAGAUGGCCACCGCCCAGGGUCCUCUGUGUCUGGAACCGAUUCAGGGGAUCGCCGUGUUCCUGGAAGAUCUGUCCGUGAACGCGGCGUCCGAAGAAGAUAUCGAUCUGGGCCGACUCACCGGCGAAGCCAUCCGGCUUGUCCGCGAUAGUAUCUCGCAAGGCUUCCUGGACUGGAGUCCCCGGAUCAUGCUGGCUAUGUAUAGUUGUGAGAUUCAAGCUUCGACCGAAGUCCUCGGCCGCGUCUACGCCGUAAUAACCCGCCGCCGGGGCCGAAUCCUCUCCGAACAAAUGAAAGAAGGAACGCCGUUCUUCACGAUCCUCGCGCUCCUACCGGUAGCAGAAUCGUUCGGGUUCGCGGAAGAGAUCCGCAAGCGGACGUCGGGGGCGGCGCAGCCGCAGCUGAUCUUCGCGGGCUUCGAGGCGCUGGACGAGGACCCGUUCUGGGUGCCGGCAACGGAGGAGGAGUUGGAAGAUCUGGGCGAGUUGGCCGAUCGGGAAAAUGUCGCGAAGAGGUAUAUGGAUAAUGUGCGACGGAGGAAGGGGUUGGUGGUUGGGGGGAGGGGGAGGAAAUUGAUUGAUGCGGAGAAGCAGAAGACGUUGAAGAAGUAA